AUGGAAAUAUCUGAUAACUUCGCCAUUACGUGGUAUCAAAUCUCCAGCUUUUCUUUAACUUUAGAUUCCCCCCAUUCAAAACUUUACCUUGAAAAUGUAUUGAAACAUAAUUCCAAACAUGAAGCUGCUAUUGGUGAUUUAACUGAAUUUGUUAUUAUUCAUAAUGACACAAAAGCCAUAAAAGAUCUUAUUGUAUUCAUAGAAGCAAACUUUGACACAAAAGCAUUAUCUAUCAAUAUGUCAUUCAAUUUAUCUUGGUUAUAUUAUCAACUGGGUGAUUUAACUACCAGUCAAUAUCAUUUUAAUAGUAUUUUACAAUCCCAAUCGACAAAUCCUUAUCAUUGGUACCUUAGAUCAUUAAUUUAUGGUGAUUUCGAUGGUCCUAUAACUUAUGCCCUUUCAUUAAACCCAUCAAAUAAGUUGAAAUUCCAAAUUUAUUUGGCAGCUAAUGAAGUUUACAAAUCCAAAAGUCCUUCUGUGGCUAUUGAUUACAUAAAGAAAGGUUUACAAUUACCUUUUAAUAAGUUUUAUUAUGAAAAAUGUUAUUUUAAAUUAAUUAUAAAUUAUCUUUCUGUGGAUAAUGUCACAGAAGCAUGGUUUUAUUCCAAUCAAUCUUUGAUUUUAUUCCCUAGAAGUUAUAAUCUUUUGAUUGUUCAUUGUUUUAUCCUUUUAAAGUUUGGUAAUAAACCUUUAUCUUCCCAAAUUUUGAACGAUUUACUUAAAUUUCAUCAAGCUUCUUAUGAUCAUAGUCCUUGGUUCUUAUUAUCUUUAACUACGGAAUUACAAAAGGAUUCUUUCAAUUACUUAGAGACUAGUUUGAAGAAAAAUCCUUCUUAUGCUCCAACUUGGAUCUUAAUUGGUUCAUUAUAUUUGAAUUUGAAUCAAUUACCUGAUGCUUUAGCUGCUUAUUCUCAAGCUUUAAGAUUAGGUGAUGAUUUCAUAGGUGGUUUAGGUUGGGAUGGUUUAAGUUGUGUUUAUGAAAGAUGUGAUAAUCAAUUAUUAGAUGCCUCAGAUGCUUGUUCAAGGUCUGCCAAUUGUUUCAAAAAAUUAGGGGCUAAUUAUAAUGGUAUUGUAGAGACUUUAAUGGAGAGAUCAAAUUAUUUAUUGAAAGCUAACAAAGAAGAUCAAAAAAUUGAAUUCAGGAACCCUAUUGAGAUGCCCAUGGAAUUGAUAUUGAAUUUGGUUAAAGAUUUGGAUGAUGAGAAAGAAGAAAAUCCAGGAGAUGCACAACAGCAACAACAGCAACAACAGCAACAGCACCAACAAAGUCAAGUUCAACCACAAAUACAAGUUCAACCACAAUCACAAAUACAAACUCAACAAACUCCUCAACCACAAAAUCCACAAAUACAAAAUCCACAAACUCAAACUCCACAAAUACAAAAUCCACAAGUACAAAAUCCACAAACUCAACAAACUCCACAAACUCAAAAUCCACAAAUACAAACUCAGCCACCUCAACCUCAACCACAACAACCCCAAGCUCAACAACCUCCAACUCAAUCUCAGACUCAACAACCUCAAAAUCCUCCAUUACCUCAACCAAUUCAAUUACCUCAAUUAUCCCAAGUUCAGCCUCCUUCGGUGAAUGCUACACCUCAACCUCAACAACCACAAAUGAAUGGAACUCCAGGAAGAAGUCCACAAUAUUACUAUCCUUAUCCCAUGUAUCAAUUUAUGCCAGGAAUGCCAAUGCAAGGAAUGCCUCCUCAACCUAUGCAACAAGGUUUACAACAGAAUAUUCAACCUCCACCAGGUAUGGUUCAAAUGCCCAUGCCUCCUCCUCAACAACCAAAUGGCCAUCAAAAUGGACAAUCUGCAAAUGGUAUGGCAGUUCAAAAUGGUGGUGUAGGAUUCGUCCCAGGUUAUAUGCCACAUCCAAUGUAUCAAUCACCACCAAAUCAGAAAUCUCAAGUUUAUUGGAGACAAUAG